CGUUGGCCAGUGCUCGAAAUCCACAGAACCGACCAAGGAGCAUGAACGAAGAAGCGCUGACCAACUUCAUGGCCAUCACGGGGGCCGACGCCGGGACCGCGCAGCAGUACCUCGACAUCACCAACUGGCACGUGGAAGAGGCCGUCAACCUCUUCAUGGAGAGCGGGGGGAGCGGCGCCGCGUCCGGCCAAGCGUCGGCUCCGUACGGCGACGACGACGUCCGCGCACCCGACGCAGCCAAGCGACAGCGCCUCGUAGGCGGCGACCCGUACGACUCACCUCGCAUGUUCCCGGCGCCGCAGUUCUUUACCCGCCCCGUCAACGUCUCGCGCUACAACGACUUUACGUCGGGCGGCGGCCUCAACGCGCACGGCUUGGUGCAGCAGGACUUUGCCCAGGAGAGCAUCGAGCGCCUCGCGCAGCACAUGAACUCGUCGCGCCAAGCCGACAGCGACGCCCCGUCCCAGCGCGACCCGCAAAACCUCUCGCAGCUCUUCCAGCCCCCGACAAGCCUCAUGUUUCACGGCUCCUUUGCCGAUGCCCGUCGCCAUGCGACCGAGCAGCAAAAGUGGCUCCUCGUCAACAUCCAGGACGAGACGGUCUUUGCGAGCCUCAUGCUCAACCGCGACACGUGGAGCGACGACCUUGUCCAGAACCUGGUCGCGAGCGGCUUUGUCUUUUGGCAGACGCCCGCCAACAAUGAACACGGCAAGAAGUUUUGCGCCUUGUACCAAGUGGACGAAGGCCUCUUGCCCAUCGUGUGCAUUCUCGAUCCGCGCACGGGCCAGAAGCUCGUGGAAUGGCACAACUUUAUCGAACCCGGCACCAUGACGGAGAAGCUCUCGGACUUUUGCUGCCUGAACAGCAUGGAGACCACGCCACCCGCGCGCCCGCAAGCGCAAGCCGCGCCCGCACCGCCGGCCCGUGCGACGAGCUUGUACGAUGCCUCGGAAGAGGAGCAGUUGGCCGCAGCGAUUGCGGCGUCCCUCGAAGGCGGCGAUAAUGAAGACAGCGACGACGACGACGACGAUAUGGUCAUUGAGGAGAAGCCCUCGGUCGUCGCCGCACCACCAGUCUUGGCUUCCAUGCCCGACGAGCCUGCGGAUGGUCCGUCGGUGACACGCAUUCAGAUCCGAACAGCGACGGGCGGCCGGCUCUUGCGUCGCUUCCAGAAAACCGACCCGCUCGAGCUGCUCUGGCGCUUUGUGCGCCACGAAAUUCCCGAGGCCCAGACGCGCGAGUUUGAACUGCGGUCGGCGUACCCGCCCAAGGCGGUUGCGUUUGACACGACGACGCGCAUCUGUGACGCGCAGCUCGAGAAUGCGUCGCUCAUGAUGAACUGGACGGCGCAGUAGUCGUAAGCCCCUCCACGUAAUACAAGAAGAUGAUGUUUCGCAGA